AUGGCCUACUGGAGGGUGCUUCUUCCUUGCAAGUCCAAGCUGGUCCCGCCAUUUGCAACUGAGGUCGCCACCGUCUACCUGUGCUUUCGAGCUGUGUGUGGAGAUCUUGCCUUGCCAAUUCGCGACCCAUGGAAGAAAACAUGCGUUUCGUUAGGCACGUCCGAAGCUCCGGUGACGGCAGGGCUGACUUACGACGGUGCUGCCUGUUCCCUUCGCAACCCAAAGGCCAAAACCAACUUUCCUCCAUCUCCGGUGGCUGCAACCUCUGAAUAUGACUCCGGUGUUCUCAAGGAUCAUUCUCCGCCUUCGCCUGCGGCUCGCACUGCGAUUGGUGUAAUUGGGCGGGAAAGGAUAAGCACUUUUGCUGAUUAA